AUGGUCAUUAUCAAAGUAUCUUAUAAAAAUACAAACCGUCGUUUCGCCAUUUCAGAAAAUUCUUCGUGGUCUGAACUGAAAGCAAAUUUAUGCAAUCUCUUCUCUAUUCCCCCAAACACAGAAAUCUGCCUUUCCUAUGUUGAUGAAGAUGGCGAUGUCAUCACACUCUCGACCGACAUAGAGUUUAGGGAGGUUUUUUCUGGAGAAACCUCAGGGGUUGUUAGAUUUGACUUGAUUACCAUUGAAAAUAAUGGUAAUGAUGUCUCCGCGAGUCAACUUACUGACAUAAAACAAGCCAACAAUAAAAAUAAUGAAGAAUCUAGUGAUUUUAACACAGGUUCAAAAUUGCGUCUGGAGGGAAUAAUGAAUUUGACGCAAUCAGAAAACACUCGAGUGCCUCAAGUCCCUAUUUCACCUGAUCACAGUAAAGAUGUGAAUAACAAUAUGAAUAUUUCAAUGAUUUUGGGAUCUACGCAAAUGCAAGUUGAUGAACGUAAUGAUUUCUCCAACACUUUGGAAAAUAGAAUAUGUGAUGAUGAUGAUUUAUAUUUUAUUGAAAAUAAAACACUCGAGGCUUCCACACAACAAAAUGAUAACAAGUCACAGUAUCUUGAAAAUUUUCAUCAAUUCAAAAAGCUGGUUGAACAAUCCCGGGAUGUUUUGACCAAGUAUCCACAAAUCCUUGAAACUAUAAAUCAAAUUAUGAAGGAAAUAAUCCGUACCGUUCCUGAAAACACCGAAAAUUUCGAUCAAUGGAUAAAUUCUUUUAAACCUUCAACGUUAAGGAAUUCACGUUCAUUAUCAUCAACCACUCAGAGCACAAAUACAUGUAGUCCAAGAAAUGAUGAUUCUAAUUUACACCUAAAUUUUAAUUUUGACCUUCCACCAUUACAAUCCUUUACUGAUGACACCCAAGCUGGAGUAUCCAGAGUGUUUUCACCCUUUACUGUACCAAAUGACCCACCGACACCUCUUUAUCCUGAUAGUAACCCUGAAACAAGGGUUCCAUCUAUCAGCACAUAUUCUUCUAUAUUUAAUCCUUGUCCAUCAACUCUCACCAGUUCCGAUAACCUUGGUCGUGGUUUUGCGAAUAGUACCGCCACUAGUCGUUAUUCCCUUAAUGAUCAAUUCGGUCCUCCAGUAACACCAAAUAACGCUCUUCAAAGCUUUCAUUUUGAUCCCAGAGUAUCGCAAAGCCAGACAACAAAUAAUCUGAGCAGCGAAGUUUCCACCGAUUUUUCUUUAACAAAUCCCUUUGUCACUCCGAAUUUUCAUCAUAAUCAAAGAAACUUAUCAUCACAAACUUCUCAUAAUCUUGAUACCUCGAAUUUUAUCGCUGAUAGCUUUGCUGUUUUUACCAGUAGCACAUCCACUGAAAGCAGUUAUGAUCUAUUAUUGAAAGAAAAGCAAGCUACACUUACUUCAAUGGGAUUCACUGAUGAAAAAGAGAAUGAAAAAUUGUUAGGGGAGUGUGGUGGUAGAUUGGAUUUGGUUGUUGAUCGUUUGCUAUCCGCUGACAGGAAUAACAUGUCCUAA